AUGUCUGACCCAGUCGCUGAAUCCAACACCUUCGCCCAGAGGCCCGGGAUAACAACCCUACCUUAUGAGAUCUUCCUACUCAUAAAGUCGCAAAUAUCAAGCCAAGAUCGCAAGUCACUCAGUCAAACAUGCAAAGCGCUAGAGAACCUUCUACCAGUGUCUUUCCCACGGGUAUUCAUCUCUACCAAUCCCCUGGACAUCAAGGCAUUCCGUGGGAUAGCCGAUGAUCCGAAACUCCGCGAGCAAGUGACCGAAAUAAUCUGGGACGAGUCGCGCUUCACAGCAACCCCUGAUAUUUUUGUGAAAGAGUUCAGCGGAAACUUUACAAUUAUCAGGCAGCGAGCAGAGGAGACCGAAAAUGAUGAUCAUGCCAUAUGGCAAAAAAGGAAAGAAGCAGAACUGACAAUAAGAAAUUGCUGGGGAAUUUAUGACACGUUAUCGGUACAACAAAAUCAGACGAUGAAAUCUGGAGACGACGAGGCCGCCUUCGUUUAUGGGCUGAGUCGAUUUCCAGCCCUGAAAAGAGUCACAAUUACGCCAGCCGCGCAUGGAACAUUGUUUGCCCCUCGGUAUCCAACACCAACAAUCAGAUCGCUACCUUUUGGAUUCAACUAUGCUGUUCCACGAGCAUGGCCACAAUUAAAAAAGAACUUAUCACCAAUCUUUCAGCCUCCCGGGCGGUGGUCUAAAUCAACAGAGGAAUACAAGGAGCACUGGCAUGGGACUAGAAUCGUUCUCCGUGUUCUAGGGCAGGUGGAACACACUGUUUCAGAACUCUGUUUUGACCUUGGGGGAGAUAAAGUUGGACUCAAUAUCACGAUGCUAGACCAGCCUUGUGUGGAGUAUGACCAUUUCGUCUCGAUGCUGAGAAACUCCCGAUUGAGCCGGCUAGAUCUUCCCCUUUAUGUUUGGGAUGGGAAAGAAGAAUGGUCAAACGAAUCUAGCGGUCAUCUUUAUCGUGCUCUCAGUGAAGCAACCGAUCUGAUUCAUUUUUCCGUUCCGACUACAUAUACAAUGAGCUACGGGGACGCAGAGGUUCAAUUAGGAAAUCUUCUACCUAUCGAAAAAUGGCCAUUGCUCCAACAUAUUGGUCUGAAGUGCUUCAAUGUCUCUGAGAGUUUUAUCUCGAAAUAUCUGGAGUCACGACCGAGCACACUGCGGUCGGUUGAAAUCGGUCUUUCCCGCGAGGAAUAUGAGUCGAGGAAAUGGGUUAAACUACGAGAGGCCAUGGGCUCAGACAAGUCAGUCGAGCUAUACUUCGACAUUGACGAAGAAAAGAGGAGAUAUAGCGACUUCUAUGUGAGACCAACUCCUUGA